GUUUCAGCAUAAGAAGGCACGCUUGGAAAAAGGGAAGAUACAACGAGGCUUUCAUCCAACUCAAACAAAAGGAGGCUUUCAUGGAUUCCCUCUCCCUCUAUGAGAUCUCCUGCUUCGCGGCUGGUUUUGCAGGCAACCUUUUCGCCUUCGCUCUGUUCCUGUCACCUGUACCGACCUUCAAGAGGAUCAUGAAAGCCAAAUCGACGGAGCAGUUCGAUGGGCUCCCCUACCUGCUGUCCCUACUCAACUGCUUCAUCUGCCUGUGGUAUGGCCUCCCCUGGGUCUCCGACGGCAGGCUCCUUGUCGCCACCGUCAACGGCACCGGAGCAGCGUUCCAGCUCGCCUACAUUUCCCUCUUCUUCAUCUACGCCGACAGCAGGAAGACAAGGCUUAAGAUCACAGGGCUCCUUGUGCUCAUGGUUUGCGGGUUUGCGCUUGUCGCGUUCUCCAGUCUCACUUGCUUCGAUCAGCGGAUGCGGCAGCGGUUCGUUGGCGUCGUGAGCAUGGUGUCGCUCAUCUCCAUGUUUGCUUCCCCACUAGCUGUUAUGGGCGUGGUGAUUCGGACGGAGUGCGUCGAGUUCAUGCCCUUCUACCUGUCCCUCUCUACGCUGCUGAUGAGCGCCUCUUUCGCGAUAUAUGGGUUUCUGCUGCGUGAUUUCUUCAUCUAUUUACCUAACGGGCUUGGAGUUGUCCUGGGAGCAACGCAGCUGGGACUGUACGCUUACUACAGCAGGAAAUGGAGAUGCAAGGACUCAUCUGCGCCGUUGCUUGGCUGAUCAAAAGUUCAAAACUCAAGUGACCAAUCAUUGGUCUUGGCUAGGUUAGGAAGAGUGGGUGGGGCUUCUGUAGGAGAGUAAUGCAUCACCUGUUUUACCUAGUUGGUGCUGAUUCUGUUUGUACAGCUUUGCUGGCUUAUGACUCUGUCCAUAUGUUGUUUUCUUGGAAAGAAUACAAAAGGGGAAAUAUUUGAACUGA